GUUUUCCAGUCUAGAAUACUUUCACUUUCAACGGUCUUCUGCAAAGCAGAACGAGCGCAUUUCUUCUUCUUCAGCUCGUCGAACAGAAAAGCGGAAGACUUCGCCGAGGGACGUUCGUUGUUAGUUCGAUGGAAAAUGGCGAUUUUAAUUGGUCUACUUAUUUCAUCAUUGUCUCUGUAUUGUGACUUCACCGAUGCUGAGUGCCUGGUGGUCAGUCCUGCCUGGUGGUGAAGCAUGGAGACCCAGCCUCCUCUAACUGCAGCUCAGAUACCCCUGUAGAGAUGGGCUGGGAAGCCACCCAGGGAGGAGUUGGUCUAACAGACAACAAGGUGAAGUUCCUACGCUGGAGGGUGGACAGUGUGACUGACUGGAAGAUCAAACCUACAUGCUUCACAGAAGGAGGCCAGUGUCAGAAACAGCUGGACAUCACAGUUUAUAAGCUUCCAGACCGUGUCUCCAUCAGCUACAGGAAGUACCCUGAUCCGAUGGUUGAGGGGGAUCAGUACCUGCUACAGUGUCUUGUCCAGAACAUCGCUCCUAUUGGGAGACUCACGGUGUCCUUCUACAAAGUCAGUGCCACUGGUGAACAGACAGAAUUAGACACACAACAUAAAUCCAAGGACAACAUCAAGACACCACAGAAUGGGACCUUCACCCUGGACUUCACCCCUGGUAGAGAUGAUGACGGGGCCCAGUUGUUGUGUUCAGCCAUGUUGGAUCUGGGACCAGAGGGACCCCAACCUCCUCCUGUAAUGGACUCAAACCGCCUCAACAUCAACGUGCACUCCGUUAACCCCAUGGAAGAGAACUUGACCAUCACCAACAUGGCCAAGUCUCACUCUGGAGAUUAA